AUGAUGGCCAAAAGUUGCUCGAAAUGUUUGGUGCUAUUGGCGCUACUAGCCACUGUUUGCUUGAGCACAGGCGAAGCAGAAACGACAGCUACGACAACAUCGACUAAAUGUCCACAGCAGUGCACUUGUGAAUUCAACUCUACGAUCCGAUGUACCAGUGUGAUUGGUUUGAGGAGUCUGGAUAAGUCGCUACCGAUCGCCCGAUUGGAUCUGUCCGGGUUGGAGCUAACGAAGGUACCGGUGGUACUGGAGAAUGUGCGCAACAUUACCGAACUGGACCUUUCGGACAACAGGCUCGCGGAGGUGAAUCACUUGGGCAAACGCAUCCGCAAGCUUGAUCUCAGCCAUAACAGAAUCACGUCUGCUAAGUUGGCCCGCAUACCACCGUUCGUGGAGUCGCUUAACCUGACGUACAACGACAUUACCUACCUGCCAUUACACCUGAUGAAGUUGAAGAGGCUACGCUACAUCGAGCUGGCAAACAAUCCGAUCAACUGCACUUGCGAGACGUUACACAUCCGCAAUUGGCUGACGUCCCGGCACGUGUGGUCAGACGAACACAUCAAGUGUAUGGCACCGGCAGAAUUUAAGGGUCAACCAUGGUUGCAGGUCCGUCAGUUUGACGUAUGUAAUCCGUCCGUGGUGGAGGAACGCAAAGAAGGUUACCGUUGGGAUGACUACGAGGACGAUAAUGAACUGAUGCUGGGGGAUGCUGCCCAUCACGAAGUGAAUGAUCAGGACGAAGAUGACUUUAAACGAGAAUACCUCCCCGUUGGUGAGAAAGUGAAGCGUAACGAACCGCCGAUCGUAGUGGACAACUAUGAAGAUGAGGAUGGUUCUGGAGGUGGUCCAGCAAUUGGCGAGAAAUCUGCCAUCGGGGAAGAAGAACGGCGGAAGGUGUUCGAAGGUCCGGCUGAUGAAGGCAGUGGAGAGGAUGCUUUUAGUGCCCGUGUGAUCGAACCUGCGGUGGAUGAUGGCGAGGGAGACGAGGACCUAAAGGAUGAUGGUAGCAGUAGUGGUGGAGGAAUGCUGAUGGGUUUCGGACACAUCAGUCAUGAGGAUCCUCAUAGUACAAUGGGUACCACGACUGAACCACCGAUCGAUGAUGGUCACAAUUCUGAGGAGGAACCAGACGAACCUCCGAUGGAGUCCCCUAGCAUUAACGAAGGCCUCGGUAUCUUCCGGAAGGAUGAAGACGAUGUUUCGCCUGAAACGGAUUCGACCGAGACCACAUCGGAGGCUACGAAUGCUCGCGUAAUGAUUGGAGCGGCGGGUAUAAUGAAGACGGCUAGUGAAACGGGUAAUAUUGGUGGAUCCCAUCAUCCAUCAUCCGAGACGCCUUUGGUGGAGGAUGGCGCAACAGUAGCAACACAAUCUGAGGAAGACAACCAGAAGACGUACUUACUGCUUGCCGUGUUGGGCAUCAUCGUAGUGUCGCUGAUCGUAAUGGUUGUGUGCAAGCGGAAGCCUGACUCACGCAAUCGGCGCGGCAAAUAUGAUGUGGAGACGGCCAACGGUCAGGGGCGUGAGAUGAAGGAGAUGAACAAGAACCUGCUCGAGAAGGGACCGGGCGAACGGAAUGGACAUGGUGGUGCAGGAGCUCCCGAACAAACUCCACUGAUGUCUCCGGACAAACCAGACUUCGAGCGGGUGUUUGGAGAUCCACAAAAGACCGCUUUCAGUCCAGUGAAACCUGUGCGGACGUCACUCGAGAAGCCGAUGGAAUCGUUCAAACCGAUUGCAGCCGAACGGCGAAUGCACGAACCGGUACAGGGUGCACCGGCUACGGACAAUAACAAUACGACCGGUUUACCGAACGGGAACGGUGCACUACACAACGGCGAUGCACCGGCCGGAGUGCACAAGCCCAACCAUGUGCCAUCAACGAACGGGGACGUCACCGAUCCAGACGGUCAUCUGGCGGUCCCGAUGGAAUCGCCCCGCUCCAAGCGCUACAGUCCAAUAUAUGUGCCUACCUCACCCAAAUCCGAUCGUUACAGUCCGGUGUACUCGCCUGAAACGGGUCGUGUGAAAAUUAAGCUUACCGAGACGCCUAAACCGAAGACCCCGAUCCUGGUGACGAGGAGUCGUUCGCGGGCGGGCGAUAUCAUCACCACGAUGGAUGAUCAGAAAUUCUAG